AACCAUUCCGGUGUAUGGACAACGCAGUACUUGUUCUUGCCCUACUAACGCAAAAACCUUUGAGAACACAAGGAUUACACUUCUCACAUCGAUCAGCAUCAGGAACAUUAUUUUUUCCUUUUUGGCUCGUAUUUCUUUGUUUGAGCGUUUUGGCAACCAUCUGCUUUGUAUGCGGUUAUGUAUUAGUCGUAAGAAGAAGGCGGCGCAUCAUUGGCAUGAUAUUUAGUAGUCCGGAAUUUAGUCUCUUGGAAGAUUAUGACAACAUACCCAGUGACUCAGAUUGGACCAAUGUCGCCUUACUACCCUCAACCAACGGUAUUAAUGAGCAGACGACCAGAAAAAAUGGGUUGAGAACACCAAGAACACCACAACGAUCAAAUCGCCCCACUAGCAGGGAAUCUCCAUGGAAGCAGCUUUUAGCAAAAAGUCCACUAGAAGAU